CUAACGGUAGUAGGUUCACCAAUGAAUAGUAUUCGGAAACGAAAAUAGGUCGGAUGCUGCGGUAGAGACUGAGGGGAUGAGGACAACGAAAGCAUUCUUCCAUCUUUCGCACUAUCACUACCACCAUCGAAUCAUCCAAGCAACACGUUUUCAAAGUGCAGCGACACAUUUUAUUCCUUCGAAAGACCUCAAACGAAGACAUUUCAAGUCGUACGGCGAUCUUAUCUCCAAAACAAAUGAAUUGAUCGAUCUGGUGAAAAAUCCGGUACGAGCGAUCGCUGAAGCCGGGUCGCCGAUCACGGUUCAUGACUGUUUUCAUACGUUGGAAGCGUGGAUGGAGUACGCGAUGGAUGAAAAAACGAUAGAAGCCCCGUUACAAGCAAAGCGGCUGCUGGAUACGCUGGAAAGGAACACAAUUUUAAGGUUCGACUCAGUUUUUGUACCGAAAGCCUCAUUUUAUGAGGUCGUCAUGCAGGGCUUCGCUGUUUGUAACGGCGGACGAAAUGCGGCUGAGCACUGUCAACAUAUCUUGCAGAAUAUGAUUUUUCAGUGCCGACGCUACUCACAAGAGUCGAGGUCGGAAAGACGAAUUCCCCCGGUGGAACCCACAAUUAAAGCUUUUAAUAUCAGUAUCAAUUGUUGGGCGAAAAGUGGAGCGGAUGAUUCGGGCAAGCACUCUGAAGCGGUUUUAGAGUUGAUGGGCACAUGGAAAAGAGAAUGCGAGGAGAGUAGUGACGUGUCAUUGUACGUUGGCUGUCUACCUAAUGGAGCUACGUUUGCAAGUAUUAUGGAUGCAUGGGCAAAGGGUGACUCAGGCUUGGCACCCCAUAGAACAUUGUCAAUCUUGAAAAGUCUGAUUGCCUCGGUACGUGCUGGAGAUCUCCAUGUAUCAGUCCUUCAACCGCGCUUAUUUAACAUUGCAUUACAUGCAUGGGCACGUAGUGGGUUGGGUCGCGAAGCUGCACGAAAAUGUGAAGACAUUUUACAACUCAUGAGUACACUGGAACGCGAAUACGGGGUUAAUGCAUCUCCAAAUACAACAACGUACGCUGUUCUUAUAGAUGCGUGGGCCAACUGUGAAAAGGAGGAGAAAGAUGGUGAAGCCGCACAACGUGCUGAAUCUAUCCUUUUUAAGAUGAUUCAGCUGUACCGAAAUGGACACGGCGUAAAGCCAAACAAAGUGUGCUUUACUUCGUGUGUAAAUGCUUGGUCAUGGUCUGGACGUAUUCAUGAUGCACCAGAGAAGGCCGAAAGGAUUUGGCGGACGCUUGAUGAGCUACACAAGGAAUCUGGUGGUCAUCCGGACUUCUGCCCUGAUACUGAGAUCGGGAAUGCAGUUUUAGCAGCGUGGUCAAGAGCAGUUCGAAAGCCCGACUCAAUCGGUCGGGCGCUCGCGUUCUUGGAAAAGCUGAAGCUAAACUUUACAACUGAUCUUGUCAGUUAUAACACGGUGCUUGACGCAUUGGGGAAGCGUGGUCUAUCCUCAAAAUCCUUAGAUCUUCUGAAGUGGCUCGAAGUAGAAUCGAAGGACCGCGAUUUGUCUUUACAACCAGAUGUUCGAACGUACAACAGUGUGCUCGCAUCAAUUGCAAAGGAUGAGGAACGUAGAUGCCCCAAAAAAGCUGAGGAGCUGCUCCAAACUAUGCAAGCAAAAAGCAGCGAAGGAAGACAUACGAUAAAACCUGAUCGGGUCUCGUACACAAUUGUUAUCGACGCAUGGUCGCGAUCGGACGAUCCCAGAAGAGUGGAAAAGGCAAAGGCCCUGUUCGUCCAAUUAAUCAACGAGUUUCAGAAAGGAGAUCAGAAUAUGCAGCCCGACGCUUACGUAUUCACAGUUCUCAUGAAAACUUGUCUGGGGGUAACUGGAUCUGACGAGAGAAAGAGGUUUGCUCUGCGACUUCUAGUCGAUACGAUGAAGUUGAUGAAGUCUGCAGGCUUCGGUCCUCCGAACCAUGUCACCUACGCCACCUACACGAAAGCUGUGGAAAGAUUAUGUGACAAUGAUGAGCUGAAGAGAAAGCUUCUGAUUGAAGCAUUCAAAGACUGUGCUGCAGGCGGUCACGUAUCUAAGAAGGUUGUAUUUGCCAUGCGCCCCCUCGGAAUUGCUAGCAUCCAGAUGAAAACAAGCUGGAGCAGAAAUGUUCCGAAUCGGUUUAAACCAGAUACCAACAAAUGGAUGGAUUGGAGUGCACUAACUGUAAGCUAA